AUGGCAGACAAACUCCGCGCACAACAACAGCUCGAAAACCUGCAAGCAAAAUACAUCGGCACCGGCCACGCCGACACCACCAAAUUCGAAUGGACGUCUAACAUCGCCCGCGACUCCCUUGCGUCCUACAUCGGCCAUCCCCCGAUGCUACAGUACAUGGCUAUUGGCACAGGACAACCGCGCGAGAAGAUGCGCAUACAGUUGCUGGAGAGAAUGAUACAGCCUGUGGGACCACCGCCGAAG